CCCCAUUCUAAAGUAUCACAAAUUGCACAAAUACAUUUAUAUACAGACACAGAGAGAGUUUUAUAAGCAAAAACCAGUGAAUAUAAUCAAUGGCGGCAUCCAAAAACUACAGAUUCCUCCCGACGGAGCAGAAACUCACCAAAGAUUCGAUGAUCUUCGAGCUUGACGAGUCCGAUAUCUGGAACACGGCUGCUCGAUCGGCUUCACCGGAGUUCCGGAAAGCCAGUUCGAGAAUCUCCCGAAAGCCGUCUAAGGCGGCGAGGGGAGUCGCCGUCACUGAACCGGCAUCGCUGCCGGUGAACAUACCCGACUGGUCGAAGAUACUGAAGGAAGAGUACAGGGAGAAUCACCGGAGGGACGUCAAUGAGGAUGACUUUUCCGAUGACGGUGAGGAUUCGGAAGAUCGCGUUCCGCCGCACGAGUUUUUAGCGAGGCAAAUGGCGAGAGCGAGGAUCGCUUCCUUCUCGUUGCACGAAGGGAUUGGGAGAACCCUAAAGGGAAGAGAUCUUAGUAGGGUUCGUAAUGCAAUUUGGGAAAAAAUUGGAUUCGAAGAUUGACUUUCAACAUCGAGGAUAUUUUUAUUUUAUUUUUAUCUUGAAUUUCCAUAUUAUUGGCUUUAUUUUUCCACUUUUUGCUUUUUUUUUUUUCUUUUUUUUCUUUUUUGAAAAGCCUUGUGGACUGCCAUGGAAUUACUGCUUUGUAUUUUUUCUUUGAAGAGAAAUUAAUGAAAUUUUGAUCCAGUUAAUUAUCA